UCCCCCGGCCCCAUUGGCGCGGGGCCGCGGCGGCGGGAGCGGAGCGGAGCGGGCGGGACGCCAUGAGCUGCGGCGAGCUUUUCCAGGUGUGCAGCGGGCGGGCUGCCGCCCCCCCAGCCGUGCCCGUGGACCUGGCCGUGCGGCUCUGCCUGAGCCAUUCGCCCCCCAUCCGCAAGCUGCUGAACUCCUACGAGGAGCUGCGGAGCAACCGAGGCCGCAAGCCCCUCCGAUCCUGCCUCAACCAGAAGCUGAGUGCAGAAGCUGAGCCAGAGCGGCGAGACAGUACCAAGAGCUCCAAGAGCCAGAAGAAGAAGCAGGUGGUGUUUGCUGAUAUGAAGGGGCUCUCACUGACGGCUGUCCGCUUCUUCUCGAAGAUCGAGGAGGACCUCUGUGAUUUGCAGCAUGCUCUGUCAGACCUUGCCUGUUUCCGACCUAGGCUGUGGGACUUACGCCCGGAAGCGUGCAGGUAUGUGCUGGACUUCCCACAGCCGUCUGCAAACUAUGUGGCUUUCCGCAACAGCCUGCACAGCAACUUGGUCUGCCUGGAGAGCUGUCUGAUCCAGGACCGUUCUCUGUCAGGGACAGUGAAGGUUAGAAACAUCGAGUAUGAGAAGAAAGUGGUGGUCCGCAUCACCUUUGAUGGUUGGAAGAGCUUCCAGGAUAUCUCUUGCCAGUACAUGCACAGCACAUAUGGCUCUACUGACACAGACAUCUUCUCUUUUGAGCUUACCCUGCCCAAGCCAUCCAUCUCCCAUAGGGGCACAGAGUUCUGCAUCUCCUUCCAGUGUGGACAAAAGACCCACUGGGACAACAACCAUGGGAAGAACUACAAGAUCUGCCAUGUGGGCAUGAUCCGCCCUGCCUCCUGUGCUGUGAAGAGUGCCAGCAGGGCCUGGGAGCAUCUUGGCACCUCUAGGGCUGCUGCUCUAGUCCUUUCUCGCCUGCAGCCCUGGCGACAUUCAGAGACCCAAGCUCCGUAUUGGUAGGAAGGCAGUGGGGGGAGAGAUGUCCCCUCCCUCUCCUGACUGGUACAAGGGUUUUUGGGGAGGGGUCAGCUGCAGAAGAUGCUGCUCACGGUUUUGGUAGCUCUAUGAGCAGUUGCCAGUCUCUGCAGAAGCUUCUUCCCUUCUUGCUGCUGCUACAGAGGCUGGAAGCUGCUGCCUGAAGUAACUCCUGCUUGUAGGUUCUCAGGGCAACACGAGACAAGGGAGGGGCUGUGGGCUGGGCCCCGCGGCCCCGUGUGAGCCAGCGCGGGGGCCGGUGCUGCCCAAGUGCCUUGUGUGGAGGGGCCGUGAUCCUGCCCCUGCCGGCGCCUCCCGCUGCAGGCGCUCUCCGAACCGCGGUCCCGAGAAGGGCUCGCCGCGGGUUACUGGGGUUACUGGGCCCGGAGCAGCGGCGUGCCUGUGGUCGUUGGUGCUGUAGCGGGGAAGUGAAUAAAGUGACAGCGCUUGGCGA